CCUUACAUCUGAAGCAUUUGACAAAGUCUGUUAAAAAACAUGGGGUUCUUAUAUUUCCCGGGUUUCUCGAUCUCAUCCUGUUGCCUCCCCCUUCUCUCUGCUCCUUCCCCUGUUGCGCCAUUUUUGGGCAUUCCGAGCUUAAUAAGAAGCAGCCCAUGGCCACACGGUCAACGCCAGGGUCGCGAGACGGCAGAAGCAGCACACGCCCAGUAAGCACGAGCGGCGGCAGACCGACGUCGUCCAACGCGCGGCCGUCGAGCUCCGACGCCACAUCCCGCCGUCCCGCCCGCGCCUCACUCAGCCCCGCGCCGUUGCCAGCGUCGUCGGACAAGCCGGUGCCGUCCUUCCUCCGCCCCACCGUCAGCUCGUCCCUGCGCAGCACCUCCCCGUCUCCCAUCUCCAGGCCGUCCUCCUCCAAGGGGUCCCCAAUCCCCCCGCAGUCGCCGGCGGCGGGCCGCGCUACGCGUUCGAUCACGCCGAAGAGGACCCCUGCGCAGCAGCCGGCAAGCUCGCCGCGGCCGGUCACGCCGAAGCGGUCCCCCGUGCAGCCGGUGAGCGUGCCGCGGGCGGUCUCCAUGGACAAGGCCAAGGCCAAGUCGGCGUCCACGUCGCGGUGGUCCGUGGCGUCGCCCAGGCUACUGAUGCAGAAGGCGUCCAAUGCGUUGAAGACCAGCAAGCUCCGCAGCAAGAAGAACAAGGACCUGGCCGGCCCGGCGGCCUCGGCGGUGGCGUCCGUCAAGCAGGCGUCCAGUUCUUCCGGUGAGAUCAAGACCGAGCCGCCGCCGAGAUCCCUGCCGGUGCAAGAAGAGGUGACUGUGGAGCACCGCCGCCCUGAAACGACUACCGAGGCGUCCGGUGGUGCUUCCGGCGGGAUCAAGAUCGAAACGGCGAGAGCCCUGCCCGUGGAGGUGCAGCAGCACCAUCCCUCUGAAACGGUCACAGAGGCACCUCUCAACGUGCAAGCAGAGGUGGCCGCGGAACCCAAAGCUACCGAAAACCAACCGGAGGAGGCGACUUCUCGAGAAGUUAUCAGUACUGAUCAUGUCAAAACAGAGGAGGACAGGGGUCAGGAGGAGCAGGUGACUACAGAAGAGCCGAGAAGAGAUGCAGACAAGGGGAAGGCCCCUGUUGAAGAGAAGGCCAUACCGGAGGAGUCCGUGGUAGCGGUGAACGUGCAUAUGUCGGCGGCAGAAGAGAAGCCGCAAACCGGCCAAGUUGAAAAGAAGGUCAUACCGGAGGAGCCUCCUGAAGCCGUGAAGGUGCACACGCCGGUGGCGGAAGAGAAGCUGCAAACCGGCGUAGUCGAGGAGGCGUCAGAAAAGGAAGCUGAGAGGAACACAGAGGAUGAACUGCCGCCGGCCGCCGUCGUAGCAGAAUCAGCGAAGAAGCCAGCAGCGUCGCUGAACUUGCAAGAUGAACCGGCAACCAGCGCGGCUGAAGAGGAGGUCGUCGUGGAGACCAAUGCCGUGGAGAGGCAACAAGAAGAGCCGCCAAAGCCCGAAGAGAUCAGAGAGAUCUCUGAAGAAAGUGUGAUACCCGAACAAAUUACGGUGAACCCGGAAAAAAGUGUGACGCCCGAAGAAAUUACAGUCCGCUCUGAAAAAAGUGUGGCGACCGCUGAAGUACCGAAAGAGCAACCAGCGGCUACCGAGAAGCAAGAGGAAGCUGCCGAGGAACCCCAAAUGGUCGCGGCGGCCAGGGCAUCUUCACUGCCGGCGACGUCGCUGGAAGAAGCUCUGGAGCAAAUGGACGCAACAGCCAAGGCGCAGGCGAGCACUUCGCGGUCGGAGCCGGUGACGCCAGCCAAGGAGGCUAUCAGCAAGGACAAGGCGGUGAUCGACACGCUGCUGAGCACGUCGGCGCCAACGACGCCGGUGAAAGGGGCUGUCCAGAAGGGCGGGGCGACGUCGUCGCCGUUGCUGGCGAGGAUCCCGGAGGAGAUGCGGUUCUCGUUCAAGGGGAGCAGGGUGAAGACGGCGAUGGAGAAGCGGCCUGAGGAGGAGCAGCCCAAGAAGAAGGAGGUGGCGCGGAGCAACGACGUGCUGGAGGAGGCCAAGAGCAAGCUGCUGGAGAAGAAGAAGAGCAAGGUGGGAGCGCUGGUGGGUGCGUUCGAGACCGUCAUGGACAGCCCCCGCGUGUCCACGCCAGGCGCCAAAUCGAAACCAACGCUCAGGUGAUUCGGAAGGAAGCUCCGUUGGUGACCGUGUGGUUUGAAUUGUGUGGUGUUUGCUUUCUGAAUCUGAUGUUCUGAUAUGAUUUUUCGUUUAUUCCGUGAUGAUCAUUGGUUUUUCUGAUCACUGAGUUUAAACUGGUCGAGACGUUGUUGUUUGAUUCGUUCAUUUGGUAAUGUAGGUAGCUACUAUUCUUUUC